AUGAGAGCAAUAAUUGAAAAAUUUAUCAUUCAAAAAGCAGCUGAUCAUAACUGUUUAUUGGAUUGUUGGAAUAUAAGUUGUCAUCGACAAUUUGACUUAUCACUUCGAACAAAAGAUUUUGUGCUCAGUUAUGUGAUGCGUUCUUUGGAAGAAGCAGUUUUGGAUCUACGAUUUGCGCAACUGGAUCAAGCAGCUGUGGAAGAGUUACUGAAACGUGACAAUUUACCGGUCCGUUCGGAAUGUGACGUUCUACGUAUCGCUUUGAUGUAUUAUUUUCGUCAUGAAGGACAUGUGAAUAUGCAAAGUUUGCUGAAUGUUAUUCGAUACAAUUGUGGUAAUGAAACACUCAUGCGGAUAAUGAGGAGCCGCGCUUUUGUUUCGAAGAAAAUUGCGCUCAUGGAUUGUGGCAAAGUGAGCGUCAUCUAUACGAUCAGAAUAUAUGGCCUAUAA